GGUAGCGAGAUGUGGCAACAGACCCAAGAUGGCUUUUCUGUGUCCAGUUAGGAUUCGACGGAACAAGAAAAAGAAAGGGUCUGGUGGCUAUGUGUCGGAGGGGGAGGAGAAGGUGGUGAGGGCACCGGGCCUGGGUCGCAUCACUGGCUCGGCCUCCAUAGAAACACUGGUGCGGGUUGGGCUGGAGAAGGAAGCAGGACUAUCGCCAGACAGCAAGAUGGUGGUGCUACAUGACUUUACGCCCUGUGUGGAUGAUGAACUGGAGGUCAAGAGAGGAAGUGUUGUCAAUGUGCUGUACCAGGAGAAUGACUGGGUGUAUGUGAUAGCAGAGCACGGCCAGCAGGAAGGCUUCAUCCCACACUCCUACUGUGCCCCCUACGGCUCACAGCUUGGGGAACUUACCAUCAACCAUAAAAAAAAGAUGCCACGCGAUCACAGCUCCUUAGAGGGUGGUGGUGGCGGCCUAGACACUGACCACAACACCACCAUUGGCACUGUGAACUCAGGCGGCACUGACAACCCGGGUCUCGUCGGGUCGGACUCGGAGAGCUAUGGUGGCAAGGUUAUUGGUGGGCCGCCUAACAGGACGUCUGACUCCUCCAUCCAGAGUGGGUCAGCCACGCCAGACAUCCAUCCGUUCUUCAAGGACCCAGCCGGCCGGUACAUUGUGCUGUACACCUUCAUUGCCCGGGACGAGAACGACGUGAGUGUUGAGCGCGGUGAGUUUGUGACUGUGCUGAACAGAGACGACCCGGAUUGGUACUGGGUGCUGAGGUCAGACGGACAGGAGGGCUUUGUACCAUCAGGUUUUGUGUACCCUGCUGAUGUCAUACAGGAUCACCUGGAGGGGAGUGGGGGUGGCGGUGGGGGCGGGGGCGGUGGGGUCAUGGUGCACGGGGGCCUGGGGUCGGCUGGCUAUGGGCCGGGACAGCACCACCUGGGGCCCGGCAACAGUGACGACCUUCGCUUCCACGGCUCAGAACUAGUCAUGCUUUACGACUACAAGGCACAGGCCCCGGACGACCUGUCAGUGAGGCGAGGGGACUGGAUAUAUGCUGACCUCAACAACCAGACUGUGGAUGGGUGGUUGUGGGCUUAUGCUCCCAAGACAAGAAAGUAUGGCUUUAUUCCCCGGGCAUAUGCAAGACCUCCUGCCAUGACAUCUCUAUAGAAGGGAUGGCACUGUGUAUAUAUUGUGUAUGUGUUGUGUGCGUGUGUGUGUAUUUUCAGGUGUGCUACAAGAUAGAUUGAUCAUAGUGUAUUGUACUGUUUAUUUUCUUUUAUUUAUUAUUUAUUUAUUUAUUUUUUUUGUGUGUGUUUAUGAUUGCAUUUGUUUUUUUUUUGUUUUGUUUUUUCUUUCACUGUUUGUAUCUAUGUUGUUUGUUUUUUUCUCCCUCUUAUGCCUUUGAAAUGACAGUUGUGUGUGUGUGUGUCUGUGUUUGUGUCAAGGAUAGUAAGUAAUUUUGUACAUAGAUUUAUUUAUAUUUUGGGUUUUCUGUAUAUGCUCUCUCUCUCUCUCUCUCUCUCUCUCUCUCUCUCUCUCUCUCUCUCUCUCUCUCUCUCUCUCUCUCUCUCUCUCUCUCUCUCUCUCUCUCUCAAUCCUUUCAUCUCGUAACUGUAAAAAUUUCAGAUCUCCAUUUUUUUUCCUUUUUUUUCUAUUCUUAGUGUAUUUACUCUUCUCCCUCCUUUUUUUUUCUUUCCACGUGUAUUUACUUUAUUUUUCUUUGUUUUUUUUCUUGGUUGUUUCUGUGCAACCUCGUCCCUUCCAUUGUGUACCUCAGACGUGACAUGCGACAUUCCUAACCUCCUUUCUAACCUCACUCAACUUCAUUCUUAACCUCACACUCACUCACCUUUCUGUCUAUUUCCCACGUCAUCAGCUCUCACUGUUAAUAUUUUCUCCUUCGUCAUAAAUGUUUCCUCAUUUUGUUGUUGUCGUUAUUCUGUUCCGUCAGCCAGUCUGCUAUUUUGUUUGUUUUCAUAUCUGCUCAUUGUAAUUUGUAUUCAUCUCGUUUAUCCCAUCUACUGCAUCUGUCUUCAUUUUGUUCAUUAUUCUAUUCAUCCAGUCCUGCUUUCAUCAUAUUCAUCCAAUCUUCCUUUCAUCAUAUUCAUCCAGUCUUCCUUUCACCCUAUUCAUCAUUCUGUUUAUCAUCUUGUUCACCCUCAUGUCCUCACCCUUUUUUUCACCCCUACAUGACCUUCACCCUGUUCUCAUGCCCUCAUCCUACCCUCACAUCCCUGCCUACCCACCCUCACCCUGCAAACACAACCCCAUUACUCCUAUACAGUGUGUGCCAAAUGUUUAGUCAAAUGUCAUCAGUCUUUGUAUUAUAAUAUAUAGAUCCUUUUUAUA